ACGUUUUGUUCAUCUGAAAGAAGGUUUUGUCAACAUUAAACCGUAGCGACAACAUCUGCCAUCUUGGAUUAUUUAAUAUAAACUUUUGCGAUUACUGUAUUGUGUGUGUUUAAGACUGUCCUUCAAAGAUCUAAACAACAGAAGAUGUAAACAUUUGUUAUGGAUAUAUUGUUUCAGUAUAUUACGGGAGCAAAAGAAGAUAAUAUUGAUAUACAUUUUGUAAACAGUACGGAUUAUAGCAUCUCCGUUGGAUCACGUGCGCACGGUACUUAAACGUUAAAACAAUAACAGUGUGACAGUUCCGGAAAAUAACGUGAAGAAAAUGAAAACUUUUAAGCCAGUGCCAAAUUUUUCCUUUCUCCUUUUCAUUUUCAUUAUUGAAUGUAUGCAGUUUGCCAUGUGUUUAAAUAUGUGGACUUCGCUGGAGCAGAAACAAGCAUCAAAUAAAACGCCAGUCAAAAGAUGUGUUUCUCCAUGUAGAAUUUUCCACUCGUGGUGUAAAAAUGAAGGGAAAUGUAGAGAAAAGGGACGAGAUUGCACGUGGUACUGUGAGUGUCCAAGUAAUUGUGAAGGUUUCUUUUGUGAGAAAAAAGUCGAAAAGGAUGCUACUGCCGCGGGUGGUGGACAAAGUGUUGAGGUGAAAAUCUCUUAUGAGAAGGAAAAAAAGAAACCCGUUUCCGCGUUUGACAAAUCAAAAUUAGCACAGGCUUUAGCUGGUAUAUUUUUGAAAGAAAAACAAACGGAUGAAGAAAAGAAAACAAUUUUACCAGACGCCAUCGAACGAGUGGGAAAAACAAUAAAAACAAAGGAAAACGUAACCGCUAAAGUUAUAAUAAAUUGUCCACCAGGUGAUUUGUAUCCUAAAGCAAAAUUUAAUCAAAUUACUGAUUCCACGACCAAGUCAAUAAACGUGAAUGGUUCAAAUACUCAGAAUCAUUCUAACAUGGACUCAGAAUCAGUAUCUCGACCAACAGAGAAUGCGGCAUCUGGGGUCACACAUUAUGUUACUACAAAUGCACCUGAGCACCCUACUGUUGUUAGACCGGGCGCUUCACAGUCAACUAGCACUCAGUCAACUGUAACACCUCUGGUAAAAUCUUCAUUCUCUGUCACAUCAUCAACGACAGAAGUAACAGAAGCCAUAUUUAAACAUAAUACGACCGCAAAGUCAUUGGAAUCACUUACCAAUACACAAACAAAGGGCUCUACACUGCAUAAAACUGCUGAUUCUUCUACUGUAAAAUCAGAUCAUCUAUCGUUAGAAUCAUCGUCUGAAUCACCUACAGGUGUAUCAAUAGGAGAAAAGAAAACUUUCACAUCAUCAACAAUGUCUCCUACAUCAAUUAAAAUUACUGUAUCUCAGUUUUCAACGGAAGCAGAUUCAAAGUCUACUACUACCACGGAAAUGCCACAAAACAACAAUAAAAAUAGCAAAGACAUCACUCCUCCAGUGGAAAACAGUCUUUACAUUAAAAAGACAGACGUCAGAAAAAUUUCAGAUAAACCAGAUUUAUUGAACAUUAUAGAGAAAGCCAUUGAAGUAGAGUUUAUUUCAACUACUAAAGCUAAACAGCCUUCCGCUAGUCCUAUCAAACCUACGACAGAAAGCAUGCAGAGCCGCAAAAAUAAUGACGUAACAACAGAAAAUAACAAUUUAAGAAAUACUACAAAACAGGUACAUGCAACAAUACAUAGCGCUAAAUCUCAAACCACGGAGAAUAAUACGUUUCUAAGGAGUACGAGUUCACCGAUAGCAAGCAGCACUAGUUUAGCAAAAUCAACAACGGCGGAGAAAACACGUGUAACCAAAACGGUAAAUGAUUUGAUUAAAAUUAAUACAUCCGUUAGCUCUAACAUAACCAACAUACAACAUGAUAUUAAAUCUAAUGAUAUGGUUGAAUCAUCAAUAACAAAUCAACCGCUUAAAGAACAAAAUAUUAGUGGGACUUUGCAGAUACCAAAUACCACAAAUAUGCUGCACACAAAACAAAAUGAUCACACUUCGGAUGAAGGUGUUUUGACCACUAAAGAGACAAAAUCAAAACAAAUUACAACAGGUGACGAAACAUAUCAGAAUCCAGCGGACGUCUUAAAACAAAUAAACCCUAAAUCAACGACGCCACAAGUUGAACGACCGACAAAUGACCAAACAACACAUGUCAUAUCCGAAGCAUCUUCCACGACAAUUUUCAAAACUAAAUUUGAUACAACAACAACAAAAACGACAACAAAAUUUGACGCAGCAUCAAAAACACCUAAAUUCCCGGCAAACAAAAAAAGUUAUUUAUCAAAGCAACAAGUGACCGAAAAUUCUACGGGAAUGAAUAAAUCAACCCGUGACACUAUAGCAACAGGUGAAAUAAACACUUUGUCCUCAACUAAUGUACCACCAGUAAAUCUGUCACAUGUAAUCACAAUGAGUCACGACUUGCCAAAAAUUAGUGAAGUUGACAUGUCUACGGUACAGACGGUUAUGUCGAAAGGAAAAACGACAGAGCAACAAAUUUCAAGCAAAUCCUCCGAAAAUAUCACAGAAAGUACUACAAGUCCACCUGCAAUGAAACAAGAUAGCCAGUCGUCUCCUCCACAGACAACACAGAAAACUUUUAAGGAAACAUCUACCGCAGCACCCACUAGUAUACAAUCAAAUCAGCCGACUCGACAAGUAAAAAGCACUCAGACAGUAAAUACACAUACAACAGAAGGCUCAAGUAUGAUUAAAAAACAAAUACAGACGGUUAUGUCGAAAGAAAUUACGACGGAGCAACAAAUUGCAAACAAAUCCUCCGAAAAGAUCAAAGAAAGUACUACAAGUCCGCCUAAAAUGAAACAAGAUACCCAGUCGUCUCCUCCACAGACAACAAAGAAAACUUUUAAGGAAACAUCUACCGCAGCGCCCACUAGUAUACAAUCAAAUCAGCCGACUCGACAAGUAAAAAGCACUCAAACAGUAAAUACACAUACAACAGAAGGCUCAAGUAUGAUUAAAAAACAAAUACAGACGGUUAUGUCGAAAGAAAUUACGACGGAGCAACAAAUUGCAAACAAAUCCUCCGAAAAAAUCAAAGAAAGUACUACAAGUCCGCCUAAACUGAAACAAGAUACCCAGUCGUCUCCUCCGCAGAUAGCAAAGAAAACUUUUAAGGAAACAUCUACUACAGCACCCACUAGUUCACAAUCUAAUCAGCCGACUCGACAAAUAAAAAACACUCAGCCAGUAAAUACACAAACAACAGAAGAGUCAAAUAUGAUUAAAACACAAACUGAGUUACAUAACAAUGAUAGUAAAACUAGUGAAACAACAACAGCUGGAAGAAAACCGGACAAUAUAAAGCAGACUGCUCCCGUAGCAUAUCCGUCCCAGACAGAAGGACAUCAAAGCAACAUACAUACGUUAAAUAAAACAACGUCUAAUAAAGUACAAAUUUCAACGUCGCAUUAUCAUGAAACUACAACGGAACAAAAACAUACGGUACCACACACUACUCCUGGAACCACUAGUUCUGCUACUUCAACGAAAGUAAAUGUAUACAAUCCAGACGUUGUUGAAAAUUCUUCAACAACAGUAAGCGGAAAACAGAAUACGGUUACUGGGACAACCCAAACACUAUUCAAAAGCACUGAUUCUACGAGCAAUAAAGCUGCUAGAAAUGCAUCACCAAGUGUAGCUGAUGACACAGGACAGCAGAAGGAUAAAAAUAAUCCAGCAGCUGAAUCUGUGACACAAACUGAUAUCACAACAAAAGCGCAGCCGGAUAAACAUGAACAUACUACGGCCAGUGUAAUAUAUUCGGCUGGUAUUGGAGAGUCUAAAAUGUCGCUUACAAAGGCAUUUCUUGAUACAAAAUCAUCGGAACUGUUAAAAAAAUCGAAAGUUAAAAACGAAUUAUUAAGUAAUAAAUUGAGUGAAUCUGUGAAGGAUUUAAAAUUUGAUCUUCUUAAAAUGGGAUUGCGUGACAAAGGACUCCCAAGUGAUCUUGACAAUAUUUUAUGACGUAAAAAUAGUUAGUACAAUUUAACAUAUCUGUCAGUGAAACGGAAUUGUUCUUGGACAGAAUUGGAUUUUAACUACUCAUUCGUAACUGUAUCAGAUCUGUAUAUCUCUUCAAGGAAGUUACUUUCAUAAUUGCAUAUCGAAUUGUAAGAUAUGCGUAAGUGCAAUUAAAGUGGUAUAAAGACAUGUCCAGUGUGUAACAACUGAUAUGACAGUUAGAUAUAAUAAGGUAUUUUUAUACGAACUUAUAAACAUCUGUAUCAGGUGACAACAGCGUAAUUAAUGAAAGUGUAUAUUUUAAAGCGGAACUUGACUUGUGAAGGCUAUAGAGUACUUUAUAUUGUGAAUGGCUAAAAACGUUUAAGCUCAGCUUGCAGUCUAUUAAGAAAAAACAGAUAGAGAAAAAUAGUAAUGUUUAUAAUGGGCAUUAAUUUGAAAUUAAAAGACAUUUAAUUGCCUAAUUUGCAAUUUAUUUGAUUUCAAAUGAAAUGUUGAGUGAUGGUUGUACGCAAUCGGAGAUGUUUUAUACUUUUGGUUUGUCGUAUACAUAUAAACAUAAGGAAGAGAAAUUCUCCGAUGCCAUUUGCUACAUACAUAACAGACAAAAUAAAAUGUAAACUUCAGCCAUAAUGGAGCUAUUUUUCUCCGAUUUGGUCGGAUGUUGAUGGAGUAGCAGUGCACUGAAAUGACAAAAAACCUCUUGCAAGCAAGUGUUGUAUUUAAACUAAGAGCGUGACUUGAAUGUCAAAGUAUAAGGCCAUCAUGGGCAUAUCUUGCAAUUUAUUACAUGCUGCUGUCUUCGGUUGAUGCAUUAAUUAUUCUCUGUCGACAUGGUGACAAAAAUAGAUAUUAAGUGGAGGAUAAUUCGGACAUAAUAAUUCAUGUGUUACUUACUUUGCAUAAUAUGACUUAAUGAGAGUUGAGUGAUAGAUUGUGUUUUACCAAGCAUGUAUAUUUAUUAUUUCUCCCAACAAUAGAAAUGAGGAAAUAUUUAAGUAGAUAUGUAUAAUUUAUGUACAAAUGUAGGCAUUUAAGGUCUGAUACCUGUUGAAUAUGUAAAAAGACCAUUCUUAUGUAUGACAACGGCGUCAGCCUUAAUAACGUAAGCUCCAGAAUAGCUACGAAAUUAAAAUAAAGAAUUAUGUAUAUUAACUGUUUUUAAACUGAAUAUGUUGUUUGUAUAUUUGAUCGUUUCUGUUAUCGACUGUUUGUUGUUUGUCACUUUAUGAUGGUGAAAUCCAAGAGAGUUUUCCAUGCUAACGAGCAAUGUAUAACUUGAUUGCACUGUUACAUAUUUCAAAUUAAUUAAUGUUCCAAGGGAACAAACAUUCGUAUUUGAAACUGUUUUGCUAUUGUUUUAUUUCUGGAAAAUAACUUAAAUCAGUACUAUCAAGUUAUACAUUGUUGCAGCGUAUAACUUUCGUUUGAUACAUUUCGCACCAACAUUUUACAGAAUUGUCAUUUCUUAAAUGAAUGUUUAAGGUUCCAUGUAUGUAGUUUGUUACUACAUAAUACCGUUAGAUAUUGAAUUAUAACUUUUCAUUUUCGAAUUAUGAGAGGAAAGAAUGUCCCUUUCAUAUAUUCGUAUGUUAUGGACAUGCCCUAAAAUGUAUGCCGAUAUUUGAGGCUGUCUUGCUAUUAAAAUGUAAAAGUUUUCAUUUCAUGUAAUGGGAACGGCAAUAAUUUUCAUUUCACCAUGUGAAUAGCAAUAUUUUUAUUUCAUGUCAAGGGAAAUGGAUAGUUCGUAUUACUACUACUUUUUUAUUUAUUUUUUACUUUUGUUUUCAACGAAUCAAGAUAGGGUAGCAGUAUCUAGAAAUAUUAAAACAUUAGGAACGACAACUCUUGAAAGACUGGUUUCGUAAUUCGUAUGCGAUUAGAAGUUAUAAAAGUGUAACGUAUUUUCAAAAUUGUACAGAAAAUUUUCGCCCCUUUUUGUUAAAGCAGUUUGGAUAUCAAAUGAAUAUCAAAUGAAUGAUAAAAUAAUAAAAUUUAGCGGAGAUGAUUGCAAACUAGAAAUUGUUAAAACAGAAUUGUAUUUUUCAUAUGAAAUAGAAUCCGCUCUGUAAUGUAGCAGCUAUUGUUUUCGACAUUAUAUUUGCAAUGUGCUUUUAGCUAAUGGAAUAGGUUGCAUUUAGCUACAUGUUGCUAGUUGCAUGUAACAUUUACAUAAUUGAUGAAUUUACAUGUAUACGUAUAUGCAAAAUUGCUUUCAAAUUUGUAGUUGCUUCUGACACAAGUGUAUAUACAAAUAAUUUGUCUAUAUAAUUUUAUUAUGUAAAAAACAAAACCUGAGUAAUUGCUCAUUAAACGUAUAUAAUAAAAA